AUGCUUCUAACCGCCCAUCUCUUCCUCCUCCCAACCCUCCCCCUCACCCUUGCCCUCAUCGCACCCAUACCACGCCACCCCCCUACAACCCCGCACCUCCACGCUCCCUCAGACUGCGCCCCCACAACCACAAUCACUAAAACCGUCACCGUCACGAUCCCCAUCUACGCGCCUACGGGAAAUAUCUCGGUGACGUUUCCGAAUACGACUGUGGCGGCUACGAGUACGAGUACGGGUGGGGGAUUGGAGCCGAUUACGUUGAUUACGCUGUCGAGUGUGACGAGUGAGGGGGGUGAAGUGACGGCGACGGCGACGGCGACGGGUGGGGGGUUGGAGCCUGUUACGUUGAUUACUUUGCCUAGUGUUACUGCUACGGCUACGGCUACGGCUGGAGGAGAGGGAGGAGAUGCAGGGGCGGCGCCGACGCCGAAUGAUAUUGCGCCCGUUACGUUGAUUGAUAUUAGUACUGCUGUGCCUAUUUAA